GUUUAGCGAGUCUGUCAAAAAUUAGUGUGUCGUAAGAAUAUGUGGGAAAAAAUAACUUAAAAGAGUGAGUUUAGCGAGUCUGUCAAAAAUGCUCUAGCUAGCAGCUAUAUCUAAUGGCUGAUCCAACCCCUUUUGGCCUUGAUCCAAACAUGGAAGACCCAGAAACUCUGAGGACCAAUCUCCUCAAUUCCUUGGAUCAAAUAAUUGAGCAAAAUCAAUCAAGUUUUGGGUGGAAACAAUUCCUCCAAGCCAUCCUUGUCUCUUUGGCAUCACUCUUUGAUGGUCAACAAACUUUCAUCAGUGUCUACACAGAUGCAAUCCCUACAUGGCACUGCUCCACCACCACCACCACCUCAUGCACCACAAACUCCAACAUCUGUGACCUGGCCGACUCCGAUUGGUCCUGGGAUUCAACUUCCUCCACCACAAUCAUAUCUGAUUGGAGCCUCCAAUGCUCUAGCUCAUUCAUCAGAGGCCUCCCUGCCUCCUCCUACUUCUUGGGCGGUGUGGUCGGUGGGUUCCUUCUAGGAACCCUAGCUGACUCCUCACUCGGUCGCAAGAAGCCUCUGAUCUCUUGUGUAACGAUGUCCUUAGCUUCGUUUAUCACCAUUUUCUCCCCAAACGUUUGGGUUUACUCAGCAGUCAGAUUCAUAAGCGGGGUCGGCCGCUCCUCAAUUAGUACAUGUGUUCUUGUCUUGCUUAUGGAAAAAGUUGGGAAGAAAUGGAGGCCUAGAGUGGGAAUCAUGCAGUUUUUUUUCUUCACUCUCGGGUUUUUGUCACUACCACUGAUUGCUUAUCUCAACAGAGCUAACUCAUGGAGAGCCCUGUACUUGUGCACUUCGAUUCCUGCAGUUUUAUACUGCUUACUGCUUCAGUUCUUUGUCAGCGAGUCUCCGAGAUGGCUGUUCAUGAACGGUAAAAAAGAGGAAGCUGUAGCGAUACUGUUGAAAUCUGCCGGACAAAAUUACCCAAGUGAGUUAAAAUUGUUGUUGGUCUCAUCUCAUGAGGUGGAGGUCGACUCUUCAAAUACCAGUAAUCAUCCGUACAAGUCAAUGAAGGACUUGUUUGCAAAAAGAUGGGCUAUGAAGAGAACCCUAACGGUAAUGGUACUAGGGUUUGGAAUCGGAAUGGUGUACUAUGGAAUGCCAUUAGGGGUUGGAAGUUUGGGGUUUAACAUUUAUUUGAGUGUUAUGUUUAAUGCUUUGUUAGAAAUACCCUCGUAUCCAAUUACUUGCAUUAUAUUGGAAAGAUGGAGUAGGAAAUUUUCAGUGCUCGGAUUUUGUUUAGUGAGUGGAAUUUGUGGAAUUGUAUGUGCAGUUGUAGGGCAAAAGGGGGUGAGAAUUGGGUUGGAAUUGGCUUCUUUCUUUUGCUCACGAACGGCUUGGAAUCUGAUUUCUAUGUUCACAGUUGAGUUGUUUCCGACUUGUGUGAGGAACUCUGCUACAUCUUUGCUGCGGCAGUCUUAUGUGUUGAGUGCUGUUUUUAGCUCGAUGUUAGUUUCUGUUGGGAGCAGCAAUGAGUUUCUUUCUUACGGCGUGUUUGGAUUGGCUAUAUUUUUUUCUGGAUUUUUUGUGGGAUUUUUGCCGGAUACAAGAGGUGGAAUGCUUUGUGACACCAUGGAUGAACAAGAACGCAAAGAGAAUAUGAUUUUGAGGUGAGAUUUUGGGAUUUUGAAGUUAGUUUAUUAACAAUUUUAUCACUUGGAUCAGUUUAUUAUAAUAAAACCAGAUCUUGGCAUCUUGGUCCAGUCUGUGAGUUAAAUUUGGGCAAAUAUUUUGGCAUGUGCCCUCCUGUGUCUGUGGAUUUGAUUAACGUUUUAAAUAAAUGGUCUCCCAGCUUCAUCAAA